CACUUUACAAUAAACAGGGUACUUCCAGAGUCUCCCAGAUGGCUGAUCAGUAAACAACGAUUCACGGCCGCCAAGGAUGUCCUUAAGAGAGCUGCUCGGAUAAACAAGGUUACCAUACAAGACCGAGUCUCGGAUCUGCUCGCAAAGCCAGCUGAAUCCAACGAGAACACAAAGAGUUUCACAAUAAUUGACCUCGUGCGAACCCCUCGGAUGCGCAAAAUCGCAUUGACGAUGUGCUUGGUAUGGAUGUUCAUAGCAGGAGUCUAUUUUGGCCUAAUUGUCGGGACGACAGAUCUAGCCGGAGAUCCGUACGUCAACUUUGCCCUGGGUGCAGCUCUGGAAAUCGGGCUGGCUAUUCUAGGGUGGGCGGGCAUGGAGAGAUGGGGCAGGAAACCAGUCAUAGCAGGGUCGGCUUUACUUGCAGGGACAGGUUGCCUGGUGACAGCGGCUACAAAGGAACUACCGACUAUUUCCCGUAAUUUUGCCUUGGUCGGCAGAGUUGUCAUCGGAAUUACUUACAACUGUUUUAUCGCAUACUCACCUGAGGUUUUCCCGACUGUAGUAAGGAGCAUGGGCAUGGGUGUGGCCACCGCGUUUUCCCGCAUUGGCAGCAUAUCGGCUCCCUUCGUGACGCUCCUGGGCGAUGUCUGGCUGCCCCUCCCCAUGGUGACGUUUGGUGUGGCGGCGUGUGCAGGCGGCUUGGCUGUCUUCUUGCUCCCGGAAACACUUGGAGUCCCACUGCCUGAAACUAUAGAGGAUGUGGAGAAUGGAAAGCCACAACAAAGCGACAACGACAGCUCUGCGAACUAUACAAACCCUCGGACCGAACAUGACCCCUUUAAAAACAUGAAACAUUUAUCGUUAGAUAACUUCCAUCCGUGGCCUCUUUCGGUAAGAAUCAAUUGAGAGCAAUGAGACAAAAGAGUAAACCAUCAUUUAUUUCUGUUACAUGGCGCCGAUGUUGCAGGUAGCCCUUGUCACUAAUGUCAUAAAUGUUACAUUUUCUUCCUAGACCUGUUUAUACAAAAAAUAUUGUUAACUUGACUAAACCAUAGAUCGUGUUUAGAACGACCGCGUUGAUAUCGUAACAUUUAUUUGAGCCAUGGUUAUCUUGCAUCCAAUUUUUAAGUUUAAACUGUUGCUUUCCUCUCUUGGCUUGAAGAAAAUGUUUGAGAUAGAAACCUGUCUUAGCAAGUAGGACGAAGAUAAGCGACGAACCAAAGUUUGUUCGUGUAACGUUAUAACGUUAUGUUUCAAUCAAUCCAAGCAAGUUCGAUGCUUCGUCCUAGAAUUUGAUGACGGGGC